AUGUAUUCAACGGCAAAGAAGCGGAUACUUUGCUCCUGUAGGGGUGAUCCCCGACUCAGAGCAGCCAUCGCUCACCUCUACUCAAUCCUUAUGAAGAGACCAAUACAUGCGGACAAAGAGAUUGUGGUGACAAUGGGUGCGAUGCAAGCCAUGUAUCUGUUAGCCAAGGCCUACAUCAAUGCGGGCGACGAAGUGAUUAUGUUUGAGCCGUAUUAUAAAAGACUUGAAAUCAUUAUACAACUUGAGGGCGGAGUACCGGUGUUCGUACCCCUCAACACAGUUAGUGGCCAAAAGGCCCGGCAGUCCAAUGAUUUAACAUUCAAUAGAAAGGAGUUGGAGGCAACCUUCACCAAUCGCACAAAAAUGAUCUGGCUUGUUAACCCUAAUAAUCCCAAUGGGAAGAUAUUCACUGAAGAGGAGCUCCUAUUUAUUGGGAAGUUAUGUGAAAAACACGACGUUAUUAUAUUGUCGGACGAAGUCUAUCAGUUUCAAUACUAUGAAGGCCCGAAACACACUAGAAUUGCUACAUUACCCGGAUUAUGGAGUCGAACGGUUACAGUGAACAGUGGGGGCAAAAUAUUUUCCAACACUGGUUGGAGAAUCGGAUGGAUUAUUGGACCGGAAGAGCUAUUAUGGGGCGUAUAUAUAGGAAUGAAUGUCUUAGUGCGGGCGCCGCCCACUCUCACACAAAUGGCAUUUGCCAUCGGAUUGGAGAUGGAAAACAAGAUCCUUAAUACGGAUGAAUCACAUUAUUCAUCGCUUGUUAAGCAUAGUAUAGCUAAAAGGGAUCGCAUACUCAAGAUCUUGAGCGAUGCGGGCAUUGAUUUUGUUAAGCCUAAUAGCGGUCAAGUAGUUAUGGCUAACUUCACUAAUGUGAUCAACAAAAUUGAUUUGUCCACCGAAUCGGAUCAAAGGGCGGACUUUAGAUUAAUGAAUUGGCUUUUGAAGCAUAAG